AUGAAUGAAGUCGUUAGCAUCACAAGAACUUCGCAUGUAAACAUAGUCAACCUUUUAGGUUUCUGCUACGAACAGGGGAAAAGAGCAUUGGUUUAUGAGUAUAUGCCUAAAGGGUCAUUAGAUAAGUACAUUUUUCACAGAGGGCAACAAAAAGAAAAUGAAGAAGUUUUGGAUUGGAAAAUGUUGCAUAGCAUAGUUAUGGGGGUAGCACGAGGAUUAGAGUACUUGCAUCAAGGCUGCAACACGAGGAUUUUGCAUUUUGACAUCAAACCACACAACAUUCUUUUGGACGAUGACUUCUGUCCCAAAAUCUCGGAUUUCGGGCUUGCUAAGCAAUGCAAGGCUAGAGAGAGUCACGUGUCGAUGACGGGUGCAAAGGGGACUGCGGGAUUUAUGGCGCCAGAAGUAAUGUAUAGAAACUUUGGCAAAAUUUCGCACAAGUCUGAUGUUUAUAGCUUUGGAAUGUUGGUUCUUGAGAUGGUGGGUGAAAGAAAGAGACCACAUGAAUUAGGAGUUGGGGAGAUCAGUAAAGAAGAGUACUUUCCGGAUUGGAUAUAUAAGGACUUGGGAAGAAGUGGAAUAGAUGGAGCGCAUUGGUGGGGAAGAACAGAGGAAGAACAAGAAAUGGCAAGAAAAAUGAUCAUUGUCGGAUUGUGUUGUAUACAGACGUUGCCGGAGGAUAGGCCAUCAAUAACCGAUGUGGUUGCGAUGUUGGAAGGGAGUGUUGAUGACUUACAAAUUCCGGCCAAGCCAACCUUGUUUGGACCUCCUGCAAUCUUUCUUCAUCCUUCUUCUUCUUCUUCCUCUCCUUCAUCCUUGUAA